ACCAACCCUACCUCUCUCUCUCUCUCUCUCUCUCUCACUUCUCUUCAAUCCAAAGCUAUACUUUCUAAAUGCUUGCAUUCUCAAUUCGACCCUAUAUAGCUAUGGCUAGUAGUAAAUGUGACCAGAAGAGAGUGUUAGUUUUGCUUGGGUUCUUUUGUAUGAUGAUUUUGUUUCAAGAAACAAUUGCUAUGGAGUUUCAAGUUGGGGGCAAGAAUGGGUGGUCUGUCCCUUCGGAUCCUACCGUGCAAAGCUACAAUCAAUGGGCUGAAAAAAGCCGUUUCCAAAUCGGAGAUUCGCUCCUUUUUGUUUACUCCCUGGAGAAGGACUCAGUGCUCCAAGUGACCAAGGAUGAUUACUCAAAUUGCAAUACUGGCUCACCAAUUGCUCCUCCAUUCAAAGAUGGGCACACUUCUUUUAAGUUCAAUCACUCAGGCCCUUACUAUUUCAUCAGCGGGGUCAAGGAAAACUGCCAAAAAAAUGAGAAGCUACUGGUGAUUGUAAUGGCCGACAGGACCGCCAAGUUGGCUGCUCCUCUCGCCUCGCCUCCCCUAGCGGCUUCUCCUCCUGCUCCGGCUACGACCUCGCCUCCUCCCCUCGCCGCUUCUCCUCCUGCUCCUGCUGGCCCCAACUCCAGUGCUCCUAUUCUUAGCCCAACCAUGGCUCCCACCACUGAGACUGAGUCCCCAAACAAAAAUGUUGCCAGUUUUUUGGCUGAGACAUUCCUAGGAUUGGCAGGGGCAAUUGGGUCAUCUAUACUUUUCCUUAUCUUUUAACCCCUCUCUCUUCCGUAUUUUGUUAAAUGAUUGUUUUUGAUGGGUGGUGAUGAGAAAUUGGUGUGAGAGUUUGUGGUUAUGGUUUGUAAGUGCCUUCUUUUUUUUUCUUACUUCCAUGUCUCCGGAUUUUACUCCUUGGAGGCCGCAUAGUAAUAAAUGUAUUUUGAUGUGUAGUAAUGAUUUGAUAAAUUUCUGCUAAUAUGUCACACACAUGUAUAUGAAAAAAGACGUUUGGUU